AUGUCGUCCUACACUCCAGACACAAAUCUGUGGAUCGAACGAUCUCGUCUCGCUGGAAUGUUGUUAGGGUGUGUAUCCUACGGCGUAUUCUUUCUCCUUACAGUACAAUCCUGCAUUGCUCUCAUGAGGCGGCCUCGACAUGAGGGAAAGAUUCGAGGUCAUCGUCUUGCACUUCUUCUAUACGUUGUUGUCACGUUCGCAUUGAUAACGAUAAGCGUUGCUGCGAACGCGAAAUAUACGGAGAUGAUUUGGAUAGACCUUCGUGAUGCGCCUGGUGGUCCGCUCGCGCUAAUCGAGAACGAAAUGGCUUAUCGUAUCAACGUUCUGGCACUUUCAUCUGGCCACAUCGGAGAGUGGUUAAUGCAAGCUCUGCUUCUUCACCGGUGUUUUGCGUUAUGGAAUUGGGCAAAACGUGUGACAAUCCCGAUGAUCACACUCUUUCUUGCCAUGAUCGGACUGUCUAUUCGUAUCCAGAUGGAGGCGAGUGCCGGAACAGCAUUCUAUGAUAUCGACGUCGAACCCGCCUACCUCUGCAUCCAAGUGGGACUCAAUGUGAUUUAUACCAUUCUUGUGGUGUAUAUCUUACUCGACAUGCGAAACAAGAUGAGGCGGAUCGCGGCACAAUAUGAUUCCAGUCUCUAUGAUACCGUCGUUGUCAUGAUCGUCGAGUCCGCCAUGGGAUACUCCAUCUUCGCAAUUAUCUUCAUAGUUGCAUUUGCUCUGCAUUUAAACGGCAUCACUACUCUAUGCUUCCUGUCUAUUACCCAAGUACAGGGCAUCUCGCAACUGUUUAUCAUUCUUCGUGUUGCAACGGGGCGGGCAUAUACAGAAAAUUGGUUGAGCCGAACUGCUGCACCACCUACAACUAUAGCAUUCUCACGCACGGUAGACACAACAGAGGAACAAACCGAUGAACAAGAAACUACGCCAGAGCAGAACAUUGUUCAGACGUAUUCUGCUUCUGCGAAGGCGGCAGAAGUAGACGUGUGUAUAGCAUAA